AUGGAAACACACAAACACAAUGUGGAAACGACACUCAACUAUUGGGACGAUCCCGGCGACGGCUCACGCCCGACACCGAUCUUUAUUGGCCGAGGCAAAGUUACCAACAAACGGCCUCAUCGUCCCCACGACUUUGUGGUGGCAGACAUCACCGGUGAGGAAGACCGAUAUUCUCUCGACACACACGGGUUCCAGUUUUGCAAACACGAGAGCAAGGAGGAACGAUUCACCGACGAUCAAACCAUUCAAGCGGCCUACUACGAAGAAUGUCGGCAACUGCUCAUAGAGCUCACGGGAGCUCGUCGAGUGCACAUCUUCAACCACAAGGUGCGCCGCGGACCGACGCAAUGGCACCACCUGGGACUCCACGGAAACAAUCUUGCCAACCGCGGCCCUGUUACCAGAACGCACGUCGAUCAGUCAUAUGCGGGGGCGGAGCUCCGGCUGAGAUGGGAAUUCCCGGAUGCCAAGGAAGCUGAUGCAUUGUUGAAAAGAAGGUAUCAAAUUAUCAAUAUCUGGCGGCCCAUCGAGACCGUCCUCAAGGACCCUAUCGCGGUGGCCGACGCGAACUCGGUUCCGGACUCAGAUCUAGUCGGUGCGGUGAUGGUGGAGGAGGACUUUCAUGGAGAAUCGUGGGUGGUCCGGCACAAUCCCAAUCACCGGUGGCAUUUCAAAUACCGAAUGACGCGGCAAGACGUCCUUCUCAUCAAGUGCUUUGAUUCCGAAACGUCCUUGGCACGGAGGGCUUUGCACUCGGCUUUUGAGGACCCGGAGUACCGCGAUGAGGCGUCGCGGCAGAGCAUCGAGGUGUCUCUCGAUUUUAUUUUUAUUAUCUACCCAGGCCCCCCACCCGCGAACUUCAGCGACGCUACCCUCUUCGCAAUGACUGACGCCCCGGAAACCGUCGAAUGGCAGGGCAAGCAGGUCCCGGUCUGGUCCAUGAAGACCAUUGACUACGGCUUGCUGCUUUCUCAAGACCCGGCCGAGGUGGAGAAGGUUGUCAAGGCGUGUUUGGAGGAGGGUUACUUCCAGCUCGACCUCGAUAGCAUUGACGGCCGUGGAGUGCUUGACAACCGGGAGGAGGUUCUCAAGCUCAUGAACCGCUUUUUUGCCGCGCCGAUUGAGGCCAAGAAUGAGUACGGGCUAAUUGACUCCCACCUCGGCUACGAGCCGGUCGGCAGCCGGACGGGCGCUUUUGGUGCCGGAACCAAGGAUGGAUAUGAGAUGCUCAAGGUGUCUCGUGACGAAAUCCAACUAGGCAGCCCCCGGGUUCCCUCUCCGAUCAAAGACAGCGGCGAGCUGCGCAUUCUGGAGCGCGCCAUCGGUAGCUGCAACACCGUCACCAAGGUCAUUCUUGCGGCUCUCUCCACGGGCAUGGGCCUCACUGGUGCCGAGCGAUUCGAAAACUCGCACCGCAACGACAAGCCAUCGACCACCACGCUCUCCAUGAUGCAUUAUCUCCCUGCAGAGGAAACGGGACAACACAAGAUCGGCCACCAAAAGCACACCGACAUCAGUUCCUUGACCCUGCUCUUUAGCGACCAGUGGGGUCUCCAGAUUCGUCCCCCGGGAGAGUGCGGUGCGCGUGAGAUGGGCUUCGUGGCCCCCAAGCCAGGAUGCGCCUUCGUGCAUGUUGGUGACUCGCUACGGUUUGCGAGCGGUAUGAAGUUCCAGUCGUGCAUCCACCGCGUGGUCCCGUUCAACCCGACGGAACAUCGUUACUCUAUCGCCUAUUUCCUUCGGGCGCAGGACGACACCAUGUUUAUGGACAGCGAAGGGCGGUACGUAACGGCUAAGGAGUGGCAUGACGAGAAGUUCAAGGCGUUCACAGACCCGCCAGUUUGGCAAGCUAUGGCGCCCCGGUCCAUGAUUUUAGGAGGCAUGAAGGAGGAUGCACUUAGCAGUAGCCUACCUUCCAAGUUUUCCAUGGGCAGAUAUUAUUGUCAGAUCAAAAAGUCAGCUCACUUGUUCCGGGUUUCCUCAAUAACCUUGCUCGAGGGUGUCACGGGUGCGUUGUGA